UAUGGGGGUGGCCAAAACCGUCCAGCGUUUCAGUGGAGGUGGCGGUGAGGGAGAGCUGCGAGAAGGUGAAUCAGUGGAGUCCCCCACCAGCUGCCACAACGGCAGGCCUGUUCCUGUCCGGCCACGCAGCCGCUUUGUGAAGAAGGAUGGCCACUGCAACGUGCAGUUUGUCAACAUGAGUGAGAAGGGCCAGCGGUACCUCACUGACCUCUUUACCACUUGUGUGGACAUCCGGUGGCGCUGGAUGUUUGUCAUCUUCUGUCUCUCUUUUGUGUUCUCCUGGCUUGUCUUUGGCUUCACCUUCUGGCUCAUUGCUGCGAUGAACGGGGACCUUGCCCCUGAGCAACCUCCAAACUCAAAGCCCUGCUUCUCUGAGGUCACCAGCUUCAUGGCUGCCUUCCUCUUCUCCCUGGAGACCCAGACAUCCAUUGGAUAUGGCUUCCGCAGCGUGACAGAGGAGUGUCCAUCCGCCGUCUUGGCUGUGGUGUUGCAAUGCAUACUGGGUUGCAUCAUUGAUGCCUUCGUCAUUGGUGCAAUCAUGGCCAAGAUUGCCAAGCCUAAGAAGCGCAAUGAGACCCUGGUCUUCAGCGAGACAGCUGUGGUAGCCAUGCGUGAUGGGAAGCUCUGCCUCAUGUGGCGUGUGGCCAACCUGCGCAAGAGCCACCUGGUGGAGGCCCAUGUCCGGGCACAGCUGUUGCAGCCUCGUGUGACCCCUGAGGGCGAGUACAUCCCCCUGCACCACAGUGAUGUCAAUGUGGGUUUCGACAGUGGCACUGACCGCAUUUUUCUGGUGUCACCUGUGACAAUUGUGCAUGAGAUUGAUGCUGAAAGCCCCAUAUAUGAGUACGGUCCUGCAGAUCUGGCUGAGGCUGACUUUGAGCUGGUGGUCAUCUUGGAAGGGAUGGUGGAAGCCACGGCAAUGACCACUCAGUGCCGUAGUUCCUACCUGCCCAGUGAGUUGCGCUGGGGACACCGCUUUGAGCCUGUACUGUUUGAGCGACAUGGUCACUAUGAGGUUGACUACCAGCACUUCCACCGUACAUAUGAGGUGCCCGGAACCCCAGCAUGCAGCGCCAAGGAGCUGAGCCAUCGCAGAUACAGGCCGCCCCCUGCAGGAGCCACUAUUACUCGUGCCUCCUUCUGCUACGAGAAUGAGGUGGCGCUCAGCUGCUGCCGUGAGGAAGAAGAAAGGCAGGGAAGCUGGCGGGUGAGCCUAGAGAAUGAGGCAGCCACCACCACGUGACACCACCAAUGUCCUUAGGCUGAGGAGGGCUGAGGGGAAGUGGGAAAAAGCAGCUGUUGUAGCGACAUCACCGCCACUUUGCACAGCUGCAUAG